CGCGCGCGGCAGCCCCGCGGCACAGAGCGCCGAGCGGGGAGCGCGGGCCGGCGGCGGCGGCGAGGGAAGGCUCGAGCGCAGACGGCCGACGCGCGGCGCGGCUGCCAUGGGCGCGCAGUGACCGCUGCUCAGCGCGAACUUCCUUGGCCGCGCGGAGCUCCCUGGCUGGUGGUGCGUCCCCUCGGUCACCAUGAAAGACGAUUUCGCAGAGGAGGAGGAGGUGCAGUCCUUCGGUUACAAGAGGUUUGGUAUUCAGGAAGGAACACAAUGUACCAAAUGUAAAAAUAACUGGGCACUGAAGUUUUCUAUCAUAUUAUUAUACAUUUUGUGUGCCUUGCUAACAAUCACAGUAGCCAUUUUGGGAUACAAAGUUGUAGAGAAAAUGGACAAUGUUACAGGUGGCAUGGAGACAUCUCGCCAAACCUAUGAUGACAAGCUCACAGCAGUGGAAAGCGACCUGAAAAAAUUAGGGGACCAAACUGGGAAGAAAGCUAUCAGCACCAACUCAGAACUCUCCACCUUCAGAUCAGACAUUCUGGAUCUUCGACAGCAACUUCGUGAAAUUACAGAAAAGACCAGCAAGAACAAAGAUACGCUGGAGAAAUUACAGGCGAGUGGGGACGCACUGGUGGACAGGCAGAGUCAACUGAAAGAAACUUUGGAGAAUAAUUCUUUCCUCAUCACUACUGUAAACAAAACCCUCCAGGCGUAUAAUGGCUAUGUCACAAAUCUGCAACAAGAUACCAGCAUGCUGCAGGGCAAUCUGCAGAGCCAAAUGUAUUCUCACAACGUGGUCAUCAUGAACCUCAACAACCUCAACCUGACCCAGGUGCAGCAGAGGAACCUCAUCACUAACCUGCAGCGCUCUGUGGAUGACACGAGCCAGGCUAUCCAGCGAAUCAAGAAUGACUUCCAAAAUCUGCAGCAGGUUUUCCUUCAAGCCAAGAAGGACACUGAUUGGCUGAAGGAGAAAGUCCAGAGCUUGCAGACGCUGGCUGCCAAUAACUCUGCCUUGGCCAAAGCCAACAACGACACCCUAGAGGAUAUGAACAGCCAGCUCAGCUCAUUCACAGGUCAGAUGGACAACAUCACCACGGCCUCACAAGCCAACGAGCAGAACCUGAAAGACCUGCAGGACAUACAUAAGGAUGCAGAGAACAGAACAGCCAUCAAGUUCAGCCAGUUGGAGGAACGCUUCCAGCUCUUUGAGACGGAUAUUGUGAACAUCAUUAGCAACAUCAGUUACACAGCCCACCACCUGCGGACGCUGACCAGCAACCUGAACGAAGUCAGGACCACUUGCACGGACACCCUGACCAAACACACGGAUGAUCUGACCUCCUUGAAUAACACAUUGGCCAACAUCCGUUUGGAUUCUGUUUCUCUCAGGAUGCAACAAGAUAUGAUGAGGUCAAGGUUAGACACCGAAGUAGCCAACUUAUCAGUGAUUAUGGAGGAAAUGAAGCUGGUGGACUCCAAGCAUGGUCAGCUUAUCAAGAAUUUUACAAUACUACAAGGUCCUCCUGGCCCUAGGGGUCCAAAAGGUGACAGAGGACAGCAGGGACCCCCUGGUCCCACUGGCAACAAGGGACAGAAAGGAGAGAAGGGGGAGCCUGGUCCACCUGGCCCCACCGGUGAGAGGGGCCCAAUUGGGCCAGUCGGCCCCCCUGGAGAACGCGGCAGCAAAGGCUCCAAAGGCUCACAGGGCCCCAAAGGCUCCCGCGGGUCCCCUGGGAAGCCUGGUCCUCAGGGACCUAAUGGGGACCCAGGCCCCCCAGGCCCACCAGGCAAGGAUGGACUCCCUGGCCCCCAGGGCCCUCCCGGCUUCCAGGGACUGCAGGGCACUGUGGGGGAGCCUGGGGUGCCUGGACCGCGUGGGCUGCCGGGUUUGCCCGGGGUACCAGGCAUGCCAGGCCCUAAGGGUCCCCCUGGUCCCCCAGGCCCAUCUGGGGCAGCAGUGCCCCUGGCCCUACAGAACGAGCCAACCACCGCACCUGAGGCCAAUGGCUGCCCGCCUCACUGGAAGAACUUCACAGACAAAUGCUACUAUUUUUCGGUUGAGAAAGAAAUUUUUGAGGACGCAAAACUUUUCUGUGAAGACAAGUCUUCACAUCUCGUUUUCAUAAACACGAAAGAAGAACAGCAAUGGAUAAAAAAGCAGAUGGUAGGGAGAGAUAGCCACUGGAUCGGCCUCACGGACUUGGAGCAUGAAAGCGAAUGGAAGUGGCUGGAUGGGACGCCUCCAGAGUAUAAAAAUUGGAAAGCUGGACAGCCAGAUAACUGGGGCUAUGGCCAUGGGCCAGGAGAAGACUGCGCUGGGCUGAUUUACGCUGGGCAGUGGAACGAUUUCCAGUGUGAAGAGAUCAAUAACUUCAUAUGCGAAAAAGACAGGGAAACAGUACUAUCAUCUGCAUUAUAAUGGACUGUGAUGUAAUAACAUGAGCAAAUUUUCAGACGGUUCUCAAAGGCAAAGGAUACGUCUUUCUGAUUGCAUUACCUUCUCACCAGAUUGAAAAAAAGCACUGAAAACCAAUUACUGAAAAAAUUGAAAGUGAAUGAUCUUUACCAUCUACCAUUACUCAAGGACUUUGGAACUGAAAUGUUCCCUCAAUAUGAGAUAUUGAUUUUCAGUAUGGAAAUGGACUGAAUCACAUAGAUUUUUCAGCCAGUAACUAACUAUACAGUUAUGCACAUCAUAUCUUCCAAAGUAUGGAGUGUUCCGAUCAUAAAAAGAUUAUCACUGGUUGUUGGGCUUUAGGAAGAACUUAAACAUAUACUGUGUAAACAGUACCUUACAUUUCUAAAAUCCCAAAUGUAGGAAAAAUAUGCAGACAUAGAGAUAUAUAGGCCAACUCUUAAUUAUAUGAAAUAUACUUAAAGAGCUUUUAAAUCUGUAUUUUUAUACAAAAUAUUUGCCUUUUUUACAAUUUUUUCCUUUUUUUUUUUUUUGGUCAUUUUACCAAUAUGAUACAUGGAGCCAAAGAAAACAAUAAUGGUACUAAUAAAAACUCAUAGGGUUUCUUGUCAGAUUUAACUCUACUCAGUGGCAAAGAAUUUUUUUUUAGUUCUGGUUUAAAAAAAUAAUGAAAUAUAUGUGUAUACAUAUAUUUUUUUAAUGUAUCAUUUCCUCAGAGGAGUCAAUCACUUGAACUGUCGAGAACUACCCUUACAGAUUUUGCCAGUAUAGGUCAAGCCUAAGUAUAUACAGGGCUCAAAGUCAGGUGGCUGUGCAUUGAGCCCACCAACACUCCAGCUGUGUGCCUGGCGGCCCAGAGGAAGUGGUUAACUCAGGAUGUGCAUCUCCUUCAUUUAUGUGGAUUCAGGGUGGUAGACAGGCAUCUGUUGGGAAAGGCAGAGCACCAGAAUCUGGCUUUCUAGAAGGCCCUGUUUUAUGGCUGAGGUAUGAAUAUACUUGGUAUCAGACCUGUACCAGAGCUGAUACUGACUGUCAAGAAAGUAUGGCGUCACAUCAGCCAUUGGCAGAGAUGCUGGAAACAGCUGUGUGCUAUCUGGAAAGUUUGUGUUUCCUGAAGUCAGGUUCUAAAAAAACAAAAUUCCAAGGCAUAUGCAUGACGAAAUGCAAGAAUAACCUUUUGGCCGCUAUGUUGAACUCAUGCAAAGAACCUUUCCUCUGAGCCUGUCUUCUACUACUUCUUGAUAUGCCAUUCAAACAUCUAACAUGAAAUGUACUGAUAUAACUGAUGCUCAAAGGUAAGAUUUCCAUCCAACAGAUUCCCUCUCUCCUCCCUUCCAAGGCUUCCCAAGCAGUGCUGCUACCCAUCCCAAAUACAACAGUAAAAGAAUAAAGACAGUUUGACUUUCACACCUGCA